GAGGUUGAGAAAGUACCAAAAGUUCAAAGCCAUACUCCCAGCAGAUGAAUCUACACUAAGCAAUGUAGUCACCUUUAAUUUCUUCCAAUAUCACCCUUGUGAGAACUUCAGGCUCCUGCUGACACAGCCUGGCUCGAGGACCCGGCAGCCUUCGCUCCCUGCUGCCCCCGCAGAGCCUCCUGCCGCUCCUGCCUCCCCGCGGGUCUCGGCUGUGUUGCCCCCUGGGCCUUAAGCACGUUCUCUGCAGCUGGUGCAGUGGUCAACUUGAGUAACAACAUUCACAACUUCUAAGACCAACAUCACUAAACUGAGAGCCAGUGCCGGUUUUCCAGUAAGUGAACCAAGUAAAUGCAUCAAACCAGCCUGCACUGGCUCACUGGUUCAGCGGGGAACUGGGCAGCAGUCAAAGAUAUCGGUGUCAUGUUUUAACAGCACAUUGGUGCUUAACACCAGCACCUCCAGCAAACCAUGAAGACUAAAACCAAAGGAAAGAAGCAAAGGCAAACUGCUGACAAAGAAGCGUUUCCUGAGGAGUCAGCAAUGAGAAAAAAAGAACUGGUGAAAUGUUUGCGCCGCAGGGAAAGGAGGAAUGGGCCAAACAAGGAGAGCAGUAAGAUGUCUGCAGCCAGAGCCAAGAGCCCUUGGAGCACCAAGGACAGGCAUCUGAGGAGGCUGGAGAGCAACGAGCGGGAGAGGCAGAGAAUGCACAAGCUCAACAACGCAUUCCAGGCCCUGCGAGAGGUGAUCCCUCACGUGAGGGCUGAGAACAAACUCUCCAAAAUAGAGACCCUCACACUGGCCAAAAACUACAUCAAAUCCUUGACCUCCAUUAUACUCAAUAUGUCCAAUGGACACUUUUCAGCAGCAGAAGGGGUGGGGGGAACCUGGGGGUCCAAAUUGUACCAACAUUAUCAACAGCAGCAUGGGGAGGAUGACCAUGAGGAACAUCUACAGAAAUGUUCCAUGUAGAUUCAUAGCUUCAGCCACAACACCCACACUUAGCUGCUACUCUCAUUGUUUUUUUUUUUUUCUUAAAAAGACAAACAGGCAACACUCCUGGCUACAGUUUAUAUGGCACAUUAAAAAGCUACCUUAGACUAUGACAGUUUUUCAGAGCAUAAUGAAUAUAUUUGUGGGGCUUGCCAAGGCCUGGAAACCUAUCCUGUAACACUGGAGUUGACUUGAAUGUAAGGAUUUAGUAACUUCUGAAAAUCACCUUCCUUGGGAAGGGUGUGAGUUGAGCAUUAAGGUCUGUGUCACCUGAGUUCUUUGGAGCUUGGGAAUCAUGGCUGUAAUUCUGUUCCCCACCCUUGCAGUGCCUGCUGUGAUCUCCCAGCCACAGAGGAAAUUAAAACUGAUGGCUGAAGUGACCCUAUGGGAAAUCAGCCACUAAAUCAGAAUAUUUAUCUUGAUAUUUACAUUUUAGGGAUCUGCUCUGAUAAUUUUGGACCUUGCAAAGCAUAAAAACUUCUAAAAUACUUGUUGAUGUAAACAUCUGCAAAGCUUUCUUAGGCUGUAAGCCCUGUAGAGUAAGGGCAGUUCUGGGCUGUGUUUCCAGACCAUCCAGUCUCAUGAAGACUUUCUUUAGUGGGUGUCUGGCUACCAUUGCAAUACAAAUAAUAAAUAAGGGACAAAUGGCUUAUUUCUGCCAAAACAAUGAUAAAAAUGCUUUAGUAUAGUCUUAAGUUAGACAUGAUUUAGCCAAUUUAAAUUAUUUGCUAACGAAGCCUGUGAUGUGAUCGUGUUCUUUUGGGGUUAGUGUUAGAUUCUGGUCCUAUAAACCAAUAAAUGCAGAAACUCUUCAAAAAGGAAAA